CUCUUUCACUCUUACUAUAUAGGAAAAUAUCGUCGCCAAUUCAUCGUUUUCCUCAGAGGAACUGAAAGCAAGAAUUAGGAGCCUAGAACGAAAGCUGAGCAGUGAGAGCUCCGAUGGCUGUUUCAUCGUUUAGAGGCGCAGCUUUCGGUCGUUUACCACUCUUUCACCACUCUAAUUCUAAGUUGCCAGCAAUAAGGACCUCAGUUCAGAUAAGGAAUCUCAAACAUCACUCAAAUGUAGUACCAUUAUAUGCUCGGUAUUCACAGUCACAGGAUUUUUCUUCCCGACUUCAAGAUGGCAUGGACAACUUGCCUGGAUUGGUGGAGGACAUUGUCCAAACAUCUUUAAGUACGGGGCCACGGGGAGCUCUGAGAUUGGUUCAAGGUAUUCAAGCUGUUGUUGGUGUUGGCAGUGAGUGGUUAGCAGAUGUUUCUAAGACAGCCAAUGCAUCUGGGAAUUUGCCAACUCAAAUGCAGCUGGGAUUACUUUCUCCACGUUAUUUAAGGAGGUUAUUUGAACGCUUGGGAGCUACCUACAUCAAGUUAGGUCAGUUCAUUGCAUCAGCUCCAACAUUGUUUCCACCUGAAUAUGUUGAGGAAUUUCAGAAUUGCUUUGACCGGGCUCCAGCAGUUCCUUUCGAAGAAAUUCAAGCUAUUCUGCGUGAGGAAUUAGGAAGGCCAAUAGAAAGUGUCUAUGAGUAUGUUGAUCCUGUGCCUAUUGCCUCAGCCUCUAUUGCUCAGGUUCAUGGUGCAAAACUCAGAGGUUCCGAAGAGAGUGUUGUGAUAAAGGUCUUAAAGCCUGGGAUAGAGGAUAUAUUAGUUGCUGAUUUAAACUUUGUAUAUGUUGUCGCCCGCAUUUUGGAAUUCCUGAACCCUGAGCUCAGCCGUGCGUCACUGGUUGGCAUUGUCAAAGAUAUAAAAGACUCGAUGCUUGAAGAAGUUGACUUCAAGAAGGAAGCAGUAAACAUUGAGGCCUUCAGGAGGUAUCUAGAAGCAAUGGGACUCACAAGGCAGGCUACGGCUCCGAGAGUUUAUCCUCUCUGCAGUACCCGACGAGUUUUAACUAUGGAGAGGCUGUAUGGAGUUCCCCUCACUGACCUGGACUCUAUCAGCUCACUUGUUUCUAGCCCAGAGACUAGUCUGAUAACUGCAUUUAAUGUAUGGUUUGGAAGUUUACUUGCCUGUGAAUCCUUCCACGCUGAUGUGCAUGCAGGAAAUUUAUGGCUACUCCGUGAUGGGAGAAUUGGGUUUCUUGAUUUUGGAAUCGUUGGUCGUAUAUCCCCCAAAACAUGGGCAGCUAUGGAGGUAUUCUUGACAUCAAUUGCUAUUGAAGAGUAUGAAGCAAUGGCAUCGGCCUUAAUCGAAAUGGGUGCUGCAGAUAAGGAUGUAGAUGCCAAGGCCUUUGCAAGAGACCUGGAAAAGAUCUUCUCAUCAAUACAGGAUUUGGACACAGAAAUUGUUGUUGCUACAGCCAGAGGACCCAAUGCGAAUGCUACUGCCGUUUCUGCUAACCUUCUUGUUGAUGAGAGGCAGAUGAAUGCUUUAUUUCUUGAUGUGGUUCGUGUUAGUGAAUCAUAUGGACUGAAAUUUCCUCGGGAGUUUGCACUUCUCAUGAAACAGCUUCUGUACUUUGAUCGCUAUACGCGCCUACUAGCUCCCAACCUUAACAUGCUUCAGGACCAAAGGAUAACUAUGGUCUCAAAUCGGAGGAAUAACAGUAGGGUUAAUUUCUGAAUUGCACAAAUGUAGGUUAUUCUGCUGGUAGGUGCUAUCUUUGCAGAUUUAAUUGCAAUAAUAUGUGUGGAUAACAGAAAUAGGAUUUCUCUACAAGUUGAAUAUGUAGUGCCUGUAAAAAAUGAUAGAAAAAUACUGUGUAAAAGU